CCACCGAUGUCGAUCCUGCAUCGCCCGUGCGACUCGAUGCGGAUGUGGAUCUCGGUGUCGAUGUUGCCUCGGCACCACCAGCGCCCGCAGCAGCGUCGCCGCCUGUCGAUGUUGAUUCCACGCCGCCUGUCGAUGUUGAUUCCAUGCCGCCUGUUGACACCGAUGCAGGCCUUGGUGGUAUUUCUACGCAGGGCGACGACGUGGAGAUGUCGGGGGUGACGGACACUCCCGAUGUGGCUACACCUGUGGAAGUAAAAACACAGAUGGCUCCGGUGGUGUCGGUCACAACGAUCACGGCUACAGUGCGUGGAGCGGAGACGGCCCCGGAAGUGUCGGGAAGCGCAAGCCCGCCAGCGCCUGCCAUGAAGUCGCCCAGGAUAGGUUUAGUUGCCCCGGAGGUGGUAGUGGAGCAGGUAGCGGGGCACAUGGUGGAGCAAUUAGAAGAGUCUCACCCUCAGAUCGCGAGAAACGAUGUUGAGGACGAGACAGCCACGGACGUCGCCGAGACCGUCGCCGAACCCACUCAAAGAGUGCCUUCUCCGCCUGCGGACACAAGUGUGCUGGAAAUUGCGAGCGAGCCCGAUGCCACGCCUCUCCCUACUCGGAGGGCGACUUCCCCACGCAUCACUGCUGAUAUUCUCGAAGCUGCGACUCCUACGGAAAUUGAUCAAGCUCCAACUCAAACUUCGACCUGCGAGUCUAUGAACGAGCCUGAGCCCGAGACUACUGCGUCAAUUUCCAACGCGUCCCCUCCGCCGGUCAACGCCAACGUGCCCGACCCCGCGAACGAAACCGACACUCCAAAUGCAGGUCCCCCGCUCGCAAACACCAAUAUAUCCGACGCACCGCCAGCGCCUACCCCAAGCGCAACCUUCCCGCUCAUAGACACCGAGAUAUCAGACGCACCACCAACGCCUACCCUGAGCACACCCUCACCGCUCGCCAAAGCGACAUCAUCUGAAAUCGGGACCAUCGCGGAACUAGAACAAGCUCAAGCUUUAAUUCCAAUUACCAAAGCUUCGAAGGACUUCAGUGCUGCGCCUAUUCGACACGCAACUCCCGCCCCACUCGAUAGUGCCAAUGUGCCUGAAUUUCCCAACCAGCCUGAAACUGUGUCUAUCCGCAGCGUGACACCGCCAUUCAAUACUGCUAAUAUGCCUGAAUUUGCAACGCCAACGCAACCGACGAACAGGGACCUGCGGAAUAUCAUUCUCGCAGCGGCCUCAUCGGUGCAAGCUCAAUUCCAUCAUGGUUCCGUACCGCCCUCGCCGGUUGUCGAGCCAGGGGCUUUACACGAACUCGACGAUUUCGGAACACCCGGUCGGCGGCGUUCCUCGGCGGUUGGUGGUAUUGCCGGUCUAGAGGAGCUUCGGAACAGGGAAGCGGUGGAAUCGGAUAGAUUCGAUCAGCUUAUCCAGGCGACUAAGUUUGGCGGUGACGACGAUUCGACUCCAGUAGUGGACGCGUUUCUGAGGCUGGAUUUCGAGGACGGAAAUGUUUACUAUAUCCGAAACCCCUCGGUGGUAUUCGGCCGGGCAGAAGGUUCUGCGGCGGGAUAUUACUCGCACAUUGGACCUGACGGGAGCACAAUCAUUGAAACGGGGCCCCGCGGAUUCGGCAGGACUACGUCUUCGGGAUUAACGAGCAUGAAGAGGGAGAAAAAGAAGAGAAAGAAGAAGAAGGACGAGGUUGGCGUGUCUGGAAAGACCCAGAGCAUUGCCUCCGAAUCUGCGCUGUCUCGACGGGGCCCCGAGUUCGCUCAACCUCCGCGGUUCCGAGAUCCCUUUGGAUUCGCCGACAUGGUUGAGGUAGAGGAGCCCGUAAUUCACCUUCCCCUUUCAAACGCUUCGAUGGGCGAUAGUGCUGCGCUGCCCCUCAGGAAGAACAUAUCUCGACGUCACGCCCGUCUAUUCUACAACACUCAAAAACAUCGCUUUGAGCUUGAAAUUAUGGGUAAAAACGGUGCCUUCGUGGACGAAGAGUAUGUUCAGGCCGGCACAACCAUUGUCGUUGAAGAGAAGGGCAUGAAAGUGCAGAUUGGUGGAAUAUCUUUCAACGUUAUCGUCCCAGAGAUCCCAUUGAGGCAAGAGUCUGUCGAAGAAGAAGAGGAAGAGGAAGAGGAAGAGCCUGUGGUCGCUCCUCCUCCCAAGUUCACGGGAGGAAAGGGGAAGAUGAACUACAACUUUCAGGACGAGAGUGGUAACGAAGACUACAGCGAAAACGACGAAGAUCUUGAGAUGGAGGACGUUGACGCUGGCCCGGAUAGCGGAGGAGAGGGCAGUAUCGAGAAUGAUAGUGGCCAGGAGAGUGAUGAAGACGAGGAGGCUGAAGACGAUGGUGGCUCUGGAGGAGAUGCAGACGAGGAGGGUGACCAGGACGAAUCCUCCGAUGAAGAUGAGUUGGAGGAUUCACCUAGCCCCGAACCCACGAAGCCAAUCCGACCAAGGCCCAUGAAGAGCAUCGUGGAUAUCAGGAAGAGAGAGCAAGAGCUUCAGAGGGAUAGGGAGCGAAUAAAGGAGUUGCAACGUCAACUGAAAGAGAAGGAGCGGGAGAAGGCCGAAGCCGAAGCCGAGGCUCUGCGCACGGAACACGAAGAGCUUGAGCAGAAACGGGAGAAAGAGCGGCAACGGGAGAUAGCCCGUGAAAAGGAGAGAGAGAGGAUUCGGGAGGAGAAACGGAAGAAGAAGUUGGCUGAGAAAGCUGCUGAGACUCAAAGGUUGAAGGAACAGAAACAGAAGGAGAGAGAAAGUCGGGCCGCUAAGGAACAAGAGAAGGAACGAGAGCGGGAGAGAAAGAAGCAACAGAAGCUUCAUCUCCCGCAGCCACCGCAGCAACCGGCCGCUAGGAGGGAGUCCAAACUGAUACUUCCUACAAUCUCUUCGGGGAAAUCGACGCCUGUUAGACAGAGCCCUGUUCCAACCCAGGUCGAACGAGCUGAGCCGCGCAGACCUGCAUCGGCGUUAUUGCUCCCUACUCUGACGUCGAUACCUCUAUUGGAAACUUCCAACCAACCGCCAUCACUACCACAGCAGCAACAACCUCUUCCUCCCUCGCCCCCCCUCCCUCCUCCAGCUCCUCCAGCACCUCAACAACAAUCCCAACAACCGAUUCAACAGCAGCAUUACCAAGAGCCGACGAUGCCGUAUAGUCAUGACUACGAUAUUCACCCGCAUCAGGAGAUGCUCUACCAACAGCCGCUCGUACAGCAGCAGUUGCAGCCGAUGAAUCAACACCAAAUGUACCCUGCGACAUCUGCCAUCGACCCAGCUCUUUAUGCCAACCACAACCAUAAUCAACUGGUGCCCUCGAUGGUGCACGACCCGAACAUGUUGAUGGCGUAUCACCAGCCUGUUAUGGAGAGCAAGCCCAGAAAGGAGAAGGCUGCGCCGAGACCGAAGAAGCUGCGUUCUCCAUCGCCAGAGAUCAACGAGGCUGAUCUGGCCCCGGAGCUCCUCAUCAAGCCCAACGUUUCGUAUGUUGUUAUGAUUCACGAAGCAAUCCUCAACUCGGCGGAUAAGGUCCUUUCAUUACCUCAAAUUUACAAAGCCAUCGAGACCAAAUACCCAUACUACAAGUUCAAGGUCCAAACUCAGGGCUGGCAGAGCAGUGUGCGGCAUAACCUUGGACAACAUAAGGCGUUUUACAAGGUUGACCGCGCCGGCAAGGGCUGGCUUUGGGGAGUUGUGGAGGGAGUGAGCAUUGAAAAGGAGAAGAAGGGGAAUGCUGCGAAGCAAACGAUGCCGGGAUACGAUGGGAUGCAGUCUCCGGACGGACGGGGUGCGCAUCUGCAGAACGGCCAGAUGAUGGGUCAUAUGGGGGCACCGCCGCCGAAUUUUCAUCAGCAGCCCAACUACCAGGUCACCAACGGUAUGCAACAACCGAUGAUGCAAAUGCCGCUUCCCCCGCUGCCGCCGCAACAGGUGCCAUUGCCUCCCAGCUAUAUGCCAGCGAAGCAGCACACUCAGCUGUCUGGUUCAUCUACUCAGUCCAGCUCUCGUGCUUUCGAGGCGCCGAUUCCUAUGCCUACGGCCGGAAACCAGCAAUCGGAACAGAAGUCAGACGUCAAGCAGGUCAUUUCGGUAUUGACUAGAAUCAUCGCGCAGAGACAGGCCCAAGCCUCUACGGACCCCAACAGCGCCAAGACCUUGGAGCAACUGAAGAACUUUUUGGCUCAGCUGGCAUCCGGCAAGUCCAGUCCUGCGGCGUUGGCGACGGUUUCGAGUCUGGUCAGCUCCCUCAACCGACCCGAUGCCUCCGUACCUAAGGCUUCUCCCACUUCUGUGGCCCCCCGUGCUGCGUCGCCCCCAGAUCCUUCUAUGAGUCUGGGUUCACCACCCCUACCGCAGUCAAUGUCGACCCCCGUUUCCGCUUCUCCCACGCCGGGACAAAUCGCUGGAAAGGCUCCCGUCAAAGCUCCCGUGAAAUUGACUCCAGGAGUCACGUUUGCGAAUCUUGCCCAGCACAUCAAGCAUAUGAGCCCCGAAGAGCGCGCCGAGUGGACAAGGAAGUUGUUGGAACUCAAACAGCAGAAGGCUGCAGCUGCCGCUGCCAAAGCACAAUCGCCGACCAACAAUACGCCCUUGACUGUGGUCGCUCCUAUGACUCCGCGCCCAACCACUGCCGGCAAAGCCCCUGUUUCAACCGUCAAGUCCCCGUCACCUGCUGGAACAGCCCCGGCCCCACCUCACCCAACCCCACCUCACCCAACCACCGCCGGUAAGGCCCCGGUCGGUCUCGGUGCUGGAAAGCGUCCUGUUGGAGCUGGAAAGAUGCCUCUAAAAUCGCCGCAGAUCACGGAUGCUAUUAAGAAUAUGUCUCCGGAAAUGAUUCAGCAGUAUCUCGCCAAGGUCAAGGCUAACCAGGCGAUGAAGCGUCCGUUGGAAAGCAGCAGCUCGGCGGCGGAUUCGGGAGAGCCGCCGGCCAAGAAGGUUGAUGUUGGAGCGAAGGAGUAGGAUCUGGGGGUGAUGCUAGCGCAAUGCUCUCUUCUCCGUAUGGCUGUAUACGAUGAUGCGAUUUUGUCCUGUUGUUUUUUUGGCUGUCAAGGUCGGGCUGGGAGCUCAAAAGUGCUGGCCUGACUGGCUCUUUUCUUUUCUCUCUUUCAUAUUCUUUCUUUUCUCUUCUUUCUUCAGGUCAACGGGGUUCAAGUUUCAGGUCGGACGCAAGGUGUUUGGCGUUGUUUCUCUGUCUAGUCUGUCCCGCUACGUGUAUGUGUGUCUUUGUUUGUUUGUUUGGUGCCACUGGGAUGCGGCAACGAUGGCUUGUACUUACUUACUCUUGCGAUGUUUCCCAAUGUAAUGUGGUGGUGUAAGUGCAAUCGAUACCCAGUAUCAAGACGGUUCGGG